AUGAAGGAGCGUACAACAAUCGAUCUACUCUCAUCAGUUAUCAAUCAAUCAAGUAUUUCCGAACUCUAUUUAUAUGGUAUAUUUAACAAAAUCUAUCAAAUAUCAUGGUCAAAUGAGUCAAAAUUAGAGACACUGUAUAUUGACCAUUGUACUCAUCAACAAUUUUGUCGUAUUCUUGAUCGAUUACCUAAUCUUCGAUCAUUUUCUUCGAAUUAUUAUGAUAUGGAUGAGAAUUAUUAUGAUAUGGAUGAAGAUCGUCAGAUUCAUCUUUCAAUAUCAUUCCAUCAGUUAACUUCAUUGACAUUACGAAGUUCACAUGUGAUAAUCAAUCAGCUUGAAUAUCUUCUUUCACUAACAAGAUCACUUACCUAUCUUCAUAUAAUGAACUAUACUAGGACAUUUACUUUUUUACGACAUUUAUCUCAAUGGGAAAAAUUUAUUUGUCAGAAUUUAGCUCUACUUAAAUAUUUUAAAUUUAAUGUUCAUAUGCAAAAUUAUAUUUAUGAAAAUGUUCAAGAUAUAGAACAAAUUCUCAAAGCAUUUCGUACAUCUUUCUGGAUCGAGCACAAACAAUGGUAUGUCACUUGCAAAUAUAUAGGAAACGAGGCAAGAUCUGAUCUAAUAUGGUAUACGUCAACUGAUUUUGAUCUUGAAUUUCCUGAUAAUCUUUUAUCAGGGACUUUAUCAUACAUCACUUCUACAACAAAGAAUGACAAAAUGAAUACAACAUGGUGUGUACGUUUAGAUUUAUCAGAAAUCACAGAUGCUAUUAGCUCACAUAAGUUAAAUUAUCCGACUGAUCGAAUAUUCAAUAAUAUGACUCAACUUGCACUCGAUUUCACUUUGCCAAUAAAUUCAUGUCAUUUUCUUUCGAGUUUGACUGAUUUUUCUCAAUUAACUAUAAUUUGGUUGUUCAUAACAAAUCAUCAUUACUUUGAAUUGAAUAUAAUAAAUAUGUUACUUAACAUAGCAUGCAAUCUUCGAACUAUUGGAAUAUCAUAUGAUGACGAUGAUGAUGAUGAUUCAAGAUCAUUCAUUAAAAAUUUAUGUUCAACAAUAUCUGGUUCUAUUGAAAAUCUAAAAGUACGAACGACGAAUAUUGAAUAUAUGCAAUUAUAUCUUCAAUGUGUUCAAUAUCUUUCGACUGUCACAUUUAUACGUCAUCGAAAUUCUAAAGACUCAUGGAAAGAAUUUAUUCAAUGGCUUAUUACAGAAGAAAGAAAAUUUCUACUGAGUAAUGAUCAUCAAUCUGUUCAAGUCUUUAUCAACGAAUGUUUUGGUUAG